CCGAUGAAGAUUGUCUGGGCGUUGCCGAUUCCCAAAACGCAGAGGAUGCUCUUGUCGUGCGUUUUUGUCAACUCUGGUCUUUGAUAUCGUCCGUCUCGUCGCAAUGAUCAAGCUCACUCAGGCUGGUCCUGACGUCACCUACUAUCAAGCCCCCGCCGCACUAUGGACCUGCAUCGAAGCAGCCGUCGGCAUCACCGCAGCCUGUCUCUCCAACCUCCGCCCGCUCUUCAAACUCGGCUACCGCGGUGUCUGGUCACACAUCCGAUCAUCGACUCACCAAUCCGCGCAGCCACUAAACCCAGGCAGUAUGGAGAAGCCAUACGAUUCGUAUGUCACGGAGCGUAGUGUCGGGAGUAGAUAUAGCCUUGACGAGAGCAGGAAGCACUCAGUUUGAGAUACUGUAUCAUUUGAGUUGAGCGAUUUUACAUUGGGCGUUGCUGUUGGGAUAUAUC